AUGACCAUUUCCUAUUCUCGCUUCUCCCCUCCCGUCCAUCCGUCUCUGUUGAAAUACAUAUCCUCGCGUCCUGUUCCCGCUCGCCUGUCGUUUCCGUGCUGCUGCCAACAACCGCGCGUGCUCCCGUGCUGCAGCCCCCUGUCUCUCUCUCCCUCUCCCUCUCAAGCUACAUACGUCAUCGCAUUCCUCGUCGACUACCAACCUCCUCCUCCUCCAACGCCGGCUCCGGCGCCCUGUCCGCCAGCUCAACCCACAGCCUCCCCCCUCUCGCGAGGGUACAGAGCACGCACACACGUCAACGACGCGUUCCUCACUAAAUCGACGACAGCCUGA